AUGAAUUGUGCGUGUGAGCCAGAGGUGAGGAAAUGGCAGAGGAGUGCAAUCGAGAUCAUAUACGGGCAUCGACCCCGGGAGACUGGAGCUAGGGUACUCAGAUCUGAUAUGAGAGGAAAGAUUGACGAGAUGGCACGGAAGCGUGAAUUCGGGCAGGUACUAUGCGCACAGACACUUGCCUUGGAGAAGCAGAUAUAUAUUUGGACCUUCGUCUUCUUUUCCCUCAGACUGUCAUUGCCUACCAUGCACAAGUCUGAGUGUCUGUUUGUUGUACAGGUGAAUAUAGACUGUCAUUGCCUACCACACACAAGUCUGAGUGUCUGUUUGUUGUACAGACCAUGCACAGUUAUACUGUCAAGGGUGCAUAUGCACAGACUAAGAUAUAGAAGGCUUUCUUGCAGUCAAAGUGACCCCAAGGUUGGCGUGCUCAUCAGUGAUGAAGAUUAUUGCUCCACUAUCUUGUCAUUGCUUCCCCAUCAUCUUGCUGCUUUUGCUACCUCACAGCUGUCAGCUGUUCAGCUCAUUGACCCAUCUUUCUCUAUUCCUCCCAAUUCUCUCAUGAGAUCAAUCAGUGAGGAAGACCAUCAUCAGCGCUAUGAGUCCACUGCAGCUAAGGCAGCCCGGCAGACAAAGUCACUAGUACCAAAGGGAACAGAAGAGGCGCUCGCUGUCCAACCCUUUAAAGGCAAGGACAAGAAGGCAAUAGGUGGAGGGCCAGUUUUCUGGAAUUAUGGGGAAUGCAGCCACAUUUGCAGCCACUGUACAAAACCACUAAAGAAACCUUUUGGAAAUGCUGACAAAGCUGCCGGCUUAUCAAAUGCUGUUCAGGAUUUUGAUGAGGAGGAUGGUGGAUGGGUAGUGUGA